CUUGGGCGGCGAGAUCAAGCUCAUCGACUUCGGCUCUGCGUGCACUGAGAAUCGAACCGUGUACUCCUACAUCCAGAGUCGGUUCUACCGGUCGCCGGAGGUGGUGUUGGGGCAUGCGUACAGCACGGCCAUCGACCUGUGGUCGCUGGGCUGUGUGGCGGCGGAGCUCUUCCUCGGCCUGCCGCUCUUCCCUGGCGCCUCCGAGUUUGACAUGCUGCACCGCAUGGUCGAAACCAUGGGCUGCCAGCCGCCCGAUGCCAUGUUGAGGCGCGCCAAGCACACGGCCAAGUACUUUGUGCGCACAGCAGAUGGGGGGGGCGGGGGGGAGGAUGGGCGCGGUUCAGCGUACCGCCUCAAGACAGUGGAGGAGGUGGUGGCAGCAGGGGAAGCGCGCCCGGCGCUGGGGAAGCGCUACUUCCGCCAGACGGCUCUCAGCGACCUCGUGCUGGGCUAUGCUCUGCGGCGCGGGGAAGGGGCGGAGGAGGCGCGGCAGGAGCGGGCGAGCCGAGUGGCGUUUGUGGACUUCCUCUCGGGGCUGCUCCACAUGGACCCUGCACAGCGCUGGACCGCCCGCCAGGUCUCCGACCCGAACCCCGCCCCCCCGCCUCCAUGCGCUUUGCUGUCCUCUUUGCUUCCCUUGCCUCCCUUCUCUCUCUUCUGCUCCCAUUUCCUCCCCUCUCCCUCUUUCUCCAAGUAUCACCUCCCCUCUCCCUCUUUCUCCAAGUAUCACCUCCCCUCUCCCUCUUUCUCCAAGUAUCACCUCCCCUCUCCCUCUUUCUCCAAGUAUCACCUCCUCUCUACCCCACAUGGAUCUCUCCGUCGCCCGUGGCUACUGGCAGGCGGCACAACACCCAUUCAUCACGGACGAGCCCUGGGUGGGGCCCUUCCAGCCACAGCGCCAGUUGCUCUGCUUGACUGCGUCUUGCAACUCACCGCCGUGUUCAACACGUCCAUCCGCCCAUGCGUCUCACCCCCGCUUCAACCCGCCCCGCAGCAGCAGCAGGCGGACGCCACCGAGGGCGCUCAGCUGCAGCCGCUGCACAGGGAGGGGGCCUCGCGCCUUGCACAGCAGCAGCAGCAGCAGCAGCAUGCGCGUGUGCUGCAGCACAGGCGGUCGCUGGGAGGCCAGGAAGCGGGGCGGGGAGGGGCGUUGGAGGGGGGCAUAAUGGCAGGCAGCUUGGGUGGAGCAGGGGGCGUGGGAGCAGCACUGCCGCCCGCCAUGGCUCUGUCUGGACCUGCUCCUGCUGCCAUGCCCACCGCCCUUGCUCCUGCUGCUCUGGCCAUGGGUGCAGGCAUGGGUGCAGGCAUGGGUGCGAGCAUGGGGGCAGGCAUGGGCGAAGGCGGAUAUGGGAGCAUGGGGGGGUAUGGGGUGCCCCUCGGUCUGCCGCACAACUACGGCCCGCUUGGCGCCAGUGUGGGCUCCUACGGCAGCAUUGGCAGCCUUGGCAACAGCUUUGGCGCCAUGGGGGGUUUGGGAGGCAUGGGGAGCGUGGGGGGCAUGGGAGGCAUGGGAGGGAUGGGAGCGAUGGGAGGGAUGGCGGGCGUGGGAAGUCUGGGAGGGGCGGGCAGUCUGACAGACCCCACAGGCUCCUACAUGGCCUAUGCUGCGCACCUCGCUGCGGCAGGGCACAAGACAGACUUGGGGUCGGGGUCGUUCGGGGCAGCGGCAGGAGGCGGUGGAGGGCUGGGGUUGGGGUUAGGAUUAGGGUUUGGGCAGAGCCCAGACACGCGGCAGCUGCUGCCUGCGCUGGCGAGCAUGAAUCAAGCGGCGCAGUGGCAGAUGGGCCAGCUGGGGCAGCCCGGGCUGGCGAAUCAGGCAGGUCAGUUCACCCCGCCCUCCCACUCCCGCCACUUCCCAUCCUCCCACUCGCACCAACACCAACUCCAACACCAGCAACAGCGCGGGGGCCGGCAGGGGCACCUGCAGGUGCGUGUGAGUGAGCCCACAACGCCCUCCUCCCCCACCACCUCCUCGCCUCACUUCUCCCCCUCCUCGCUCCACCCCGACUUCUCCUCCCCGCUGGCCCGAGGGUCCGUGGGGCAGGCGUCCUCUCUGGGGCCCAGCGGCAGCACCCACACCAUCGCCCAUAACCCAGGCGGAGGGCUGCCCUCCCCCGCUGCUAGAGGGCUGGUGGGCGCAGGGGCAGGGGGAAUGGGGCUGAGUGUUGGCAGGGGCGGGGCGGAGGGGGGGAUUGCACUGGAGAAGGCGGCUGUGAUGGGGCAGUUCCAGCGCAGGCAGAGUGAGGCGCGGGCACAGGGGGGUGUUGUGGAGGUGGGUAGUGCCCGUGCCAGCAUGCAGGGGGGCGCUCAGCUGCCACGAUCUUGGGAUGCAGCUGAUGGUGAUGGUGGUGGAGGGGGUGUCGAGGGUGUAGCAGGUGUGAGCCUGGGGCUGGGGUUGGGGCUGGGCUCUCAUUACAGCAGCAAUGGCAGCACAGCAGCAGGUGCGGCGAGUGAGGGGCAUGAGGGGAGAGGGGGCGAAGUGGGGGGAGGGGGAGGAGGAGGGGGAGGAGGAGUGGGUUGGGAGAGGGGAAAGACCAGUUCAGCAGGUGAGGGGGAUGGGCCUGCGGAGUGGGACCCUGCUGCCUAUGCGCAACCUGCACCCACCACGGCUGCUGCUGUACCUGCUGCUAUGGCAGCGGGUGGUUUGUCAGGUGCUGCUGCGCCUGGGGGGCAUGGCGGGGUGGCAGGUGGGCGGGGCAGUGGCGGGUCGCUGGGAGCCAUGGACUGCUCGCCCCUUGCUGCUGCUGCCGCCUUCAUGUGGUCCCGCCCCUCAGCUACGGCCACCGCGCCAGUGGCAUGGGGCGGCGGCAGUCUGGUGGACGGGCGCGCGGCGUUCAGCGCGGACGGCCAGCGCCUGCUCUGCCCGUGCGGGGCCGUCGUCCGUGUCUUCGCGCUCGCCUCCGCCACCCAGGUGCGCAUCCCGCCGCCCAAGUGCUCUCCCCGCGCACGAGGUGCGCCCCGUGCGUGCGGCGCAAUAAACCCCGAACCCACGCAGUUGACUCGCCACUGUGUGUCCGAAGCAGUCCCGACAGCCGUUCCGAUGCCGCAUGCUCGUCGCCCACCCCCUCGCCUCAAACCCUCAACCCCUCCGUCCCCGCAACCCCUCCCCCUCCCCCCGCGGCAGGUGGCGGUGCUGCAGGGCCACACGGCGCUCGUCACAUGCGUCUCCACCUCCGCCGCCGCCCGCUUGCCGCCCGCCGCAACCGUCGCUGCCGCUCAAGGUGCUGAUGACGACGAUGACCACAUGGGGAUCAACCCCCCUGCUGACGUGUCAGCUCCGGACUCCACCACGUCAUCGAUGGUAUUCGCGCUCCGUUUCCCCCGCCAUCCCUACCCAUCCGCCUCCCCACUACCUUCCCCGCUUCCCCGCGUCCCCUCUGCCCUCAUACCUUUUCCCCUUGUUUCCCCUCACCCCCCUCCCGCUUCUUCUCCCCGCCCCCGCAUUGAGCAGGUGAUGUAUCCGUAUGCGAGCACGGAGGUGGUGGAGGGUGCGGGGGGGCGGGAGGAGAGGGCGGUGCCGCCAGUGGCGUUGGUGGUGGUGGGCAACGCGGAGCGCGGCUGUGACGUGCUGCAGUACGACGUCUUCCACGACCGCUGCCGCAAGACGCUCUUCCACCAGAUGCUCGUGUCAUCACCGUUGGCCAUCAGUCCAGCGACGGGGCGCCUGCUGGCGGUGGCGUCGGGGAGGAAGGUGUUUGUGGCGCCCUUCACGCGCCCCGCGCACCACGCGCGCCUGCACCUGCACCACCGCCGCGCGCUCACAUGCGUCGCCAUCCACCCCGACGACCAGCAGGUGGCAGCGGGGGACGUGUUGGGGCGCGUGGUGCUGUGGCACGGCAUCGGCCGCCGCUCCGGGGGCGCGGAGGGGGAGGAGGACUGUGAGGCGGUGUCGUCGCUGCACUGGCACGCCCAACCCGUGGCGGACCUCGCCUUCUCCCCUGACGGGCUGCACCUCGUGUCCAUCGGCGCCGAGGCCGUGGCGCUCAUCUGGCAGCUGCAGUCAGGGGCGCGCCGCUUCCUCCCCCGCAUGCCCGCCGCCCUGCUCCGCCUCGUGCUCCCGCCCUCCCUGCUCCCGUCGCUGCCUCCCCCCAGCCCCUCCGCACCCAGUGCAGCAGCAGCAGAAGGAGCAGCAGCAGGCGGGGCGGGGGGAGCGAGGUCGCUGGUGGCGCCGGCGGCAGCACCAGAAGCGUUGCGGUUUGGAAUGCAAUGCGCCGACAACAGUGUGCGAGUGGUGGACCUCAGCGAGUCCUCCCUCAUCCCCUCCAUCCGUGGCAUUGCCCCCCCACCUCCCACGCGCCCCCUCCCCGCCCGCCACUUCAUCCUCCCUCCGCUCGACCCCUUCAAAGCCCCCCUCGGCCCGCUUCCGUCCUCCGCCUCUGCCACCUCGUCCUCCCUCUCCAACUGCCUCCCGGCUGACGUGGCACGCCAGCUGGCAGUUGAGCUGGCAGUGACUGGCGGCGGUGCCCCGUCAGCAGUGGUGCAGAGCGUGAGGGGCGGCAGUGCCCGGCUGGUGGUGGUGGGGCCGCUGGGGGUGGUGCAGGUGUACGACGUGGGUCGGCAGCAGGUGGUGGCGCAGGUGCACCUCAUGCGCAUCAACGUGGUGUCAUCCGCUGAGGUGCGCUACAAGAAAGCGCUCAAGGCUCAGGAGAUGCAGCAGCGCGACCACGCCCUGCGGCUGCUGCAGGGCGGGCAAGGCAAGCCACAGCAGCCGCAGCCACCGCAGCAGCAGGGGCCGAAGCCGCCGCCCAUCUGGGUGAGCCACGUGUGCUUCUCCCCCGACGGCCACACGCUCGUCACUGUUGAGAUCCGCCAGCCGGAAGACCUGGCCGGCCAGCAGUCCACCCUCAAGUUCUGGGCGGCGCCGUUCGGCGGCACUCAGGGCGUGAGGCAGGGCAGUGGCAAGGGCGGCAAGAGCAGCAAGGAGGGGCUGACGGCGCUGACGACGGCGGUGGAUGCGCCACACGGGGCGGCGGGGCUGGUGACAGGCGUGCACGUGCGGGCGGGCGGCGACAUGGUGGUGACGUGCGGCACGGACGGUGAAUUCCGCACGUGGACGCGUGUGUGGGGCGAGGAGGAGGAGGACCAAGGGGGGGGGGAGGGAGAGAGGAAGGGGGGGAAGCAGGGGCUUGGGGGAGUGAAAGGAGGCGGGGGGCGAGGGAGAGGAGGCGUGCAGGGGUCAGGGCAAGCCAAGACGGCAAGGGAGCGCAUGGAGGAGCGGGAGGCGGGCAUCGCGCCGCUGACCUUCUGCUGGCGCUGCCGUGCGGUGGGCAGCUACGCCUCCCAGCCCCUGCUGGCGGCGUGCUUCUCCUGGGAGGGCUCCCUGCUGGCAGUGGCUGCCCUGCACCGCGUCACCCUCUGGGACCCCGACCGCCACGCGCUGCUGGCCGUACUGCAGUGCGCGCCGUCGCUCAGCCCCCUGCAGGCGGGCGUGCCGUGGCACCAGCCCGUCACAGCGCUCGCCUUCCUGCCGCACUCCCCCUUCCUCCUCACUGUCUCCGGCGCCCUCGCCCCCUCCGGGACCUUCUUUGCCCCGCCAGGCUCAACCGCUGCCCCCUACGCAGCGCUGUCGGUGUGGAGCCUGCUCUCCCUCUCCCUCGCCUGGUGCCUCCACCUGCGCGUGCUCUCCCUCGCCACGCACCCCUCUGCACCGCUCUUUGCCGUCAUCGUUGCUGCUCCCACAGCUGGUAGCGGUGGUGUGAGGGGCGGUGACACAGGGCAGGGCAGUGGCGUGGGGAAGGACGAGGAAGGGGGGGCGGUGCUGGUGUUCGAGAGGGGGGAAAGCCCUGUGCCCAUGGCAGCGUGGGAGAUGGCUGAUGUCAACGCCGCCACCGUUGCCUUCCUGCCACCCGCCUCCUCCUCCCCACCUGCCGCCAGCAGCAAGGGGGACGCAGCUCAGUGGUCCAUAGUGGUAGUGAGCGGUGGCAGGGAGUACGCAGUGCUGAGUGGGGAGGAGAGCCCGCCUGCGCCAGAUGCAGCGGAUCGGGACGGGGAGCGCGUGAAUGGUGCGGCUGGCAUGGCGGACGGUCAAGCUCUCUCGGCCUUUGAAAGCAUCUAUGGGUCAGCAACAACAGCAGCGGCGGUGGCAGCAGCGGCCGGAGGUUUGACGGAGCAGGGCAGAGCGGCGGGUGAAGGGAGCGGGCAAGGGGAGAUGGAGGCGGUGGACGGACGGCCGUGGGGCAGCCUGCUGUCAGCGCCGUCACACGUGCUGCCAUCGCUGUCGAGGCUGUCAAACACGGCCGCUAUGCUGCAGCACUGCCGCGCGGAGCAUGGCGGAUUCGACUUGAGACAAUUGCGAGCAGCGCAGCAGUGGGACGAGUAUCAGUGCAUCCGCGCUGUAAACUUCAUUCGGACCCAGGUGGCGGCUCAUCGCUGCAUCCACUGCCUACAGUCCUUCCCCUCCCUACCUCACCUCAUUCAACACAUGGAAGCUUCGCAGCACUUUCUCCUCCCUCCUCUCCCCCUCUCCGCCCCGUCUGAGCCCUCCUCCCCUCCCCCCUGGGGAGACGACGCAUACCUCAGAAGCUUCUUGGAAGGUGACCCUGUGCUGUACAGCUUGGAUGAUGAUGACGAUACUGACGUCGGCGAGGGGCCCGCCAAGGACGGCAGCGGCGCCGCUGCUGGCGCUGGGGCUGCACGUGAGGCCAGUGACGUGGUGGACGUUACAGGGUUACCACUCACUGCCGCGGCGGGUGCGGCGGCGGCAGCAGCAGCAGCAGAGGGGGACGGCGUGGGGAGCAGCGAGGACGAGCGCGCGCUGGCGUUCCAGGAGCUGCUCUCCCUGGCGCAGGGGGAGGGCGGAGUGGGGGAGCAGGGGGAGGGGGAAGGGGCAGGGGCGGAGAGCAGUGAGGGCGGAGGUGCGGGAGUGCACGCAGCUAGCAAGGGAGGGAUGGGAGGGGGAAUAGGCAGCUCAGGUAUUCCUUCAGGUGGGACCUCAGGUGGUUCUGUUGGCAAGGGCAAGGAGAAGGUGGGAGAAGUGACAGGAGCAAGGAGGGAGGAUUGGGGUGCGGACGGGGAGGACGAGGCGCCGUCUUUGGAGCAGUACGUGGCGCUGGCCAAUCAGGUGCUGCUGCUGCGACAACAGAACGCACAGCUGGCACACCAGCUGGCUGCCACGUCAGCAGGGAGGGCUGCAGAAGGUCUUUUGAGUGCCGCUCCCAGCUGUGCCGCCGCUGCUGUGCCACGCACGCCCUUCUCCACGCCCAUGGUCUCGCCCUCCCCCAGUACCGCCUCCCUCCUUGCCACCGCCACUGCCGCUGCCGCCAUUGCCUCUGCUGCAGCACAAGCCUCAGGCGCCAGCAACAGCACUGACGGCAGCACCAGUGAAGGUGGUGCUGCAGGUGCGGGCGCGGGUCCUGCUGCUCCCUCGGCUGCUGCAGCAGCAUGGCAAGCGCACAACGCAGCAGCGCCGCGCACGCCCUUCUCGACGCCGCUGGUCUCCCCCUGCCCCAGCUACGCCUCCCUUGCCACCGCUGCUGCUGCUGCCGCUGCUGCUGCAGGUGUGGGCGAGUCAGGGGCGGGUGGUGCGAUGCAUGAGGGGUCGGUGAAAGACAUGCUGCUGCACGUCACCGCCCAGCAGCAGCAGCAGCAGCAGCAGCACCAGCACCAGCAGCAGCAGCAGCAGCAGCAGCAGCAGCACAAGCAGGGCCGACCUCCCAUCCCCCUCUCCCCCCGGCCAGCGUCCAGUGGCGCUAGUGGUGAGAAAACAGUAGGAUUGGAAGCAGCAAAGGCAGGUUUCACGGGAGGAGAAGGCACGGGAGUGGUAGGGUUGGAAGGAGGAGGGACAGGGACAGGCAGUCCUGUGGUCCCGCGGACGCCCUUCUCCACGCCCCUGGCAUCGCCCUCCCCCAGCUACGCCCUGUUGCCCCUCGAUGAGGCUCAGAGGAAGCUGGCCGCCGUGGCUGAGGCCGUGGAUGUCGCCACGGACUUGGACGCCCCCAUGCCACCACCAGCACCAGCAUCUGCUGCUGCUGGUGCUGGUGCCGGUGGGAAGGAGGAAGGGGGUGGGGAGGAGGGGCAGGCGGUGCAGAGGAAGCGGAGGCAGGUGACGUUUGGGGCGGUGCAGGAGAGACUGAUGCGCGUCAUCGACGCGUCCUACUUCAGCUCGUACGCUGGCUUCGGCAUCCACCGUGAAAUGCUCUCUGAUAAGGCUCGGACCACAGCCUACCAGGCAGCUUUGGAGGAGAAUCCGAGCCUGAUUGAGGGAGCAACGGUGCUGGAUGUGGGCUGUGGCACAGGCAUUCUCAGUCUGUUUGCAGCGCGUGGGGGAGCGGCAAGGGUGGUGGCGGUGGAUGGCAGUCGGGAGAUUCUCGCUGUGGCGCAGCAGAUUGCGCGAGCCAACGGCUAUCUUGCAGGCGCCACCUCCACUUGCCCUCCCCCCUGCACCACUUCUGCCAGCGCGGGUCAGCGCGCACCACGCCCCGUGGUGUCCUUCGUGUGCGGCAAGAUCGAGGACCUCUCCCCCGCCCCCACAGAAACCACUCAAGCACACGCGCAGACUGGUGCUGGCGGCGAGGGGGCGGGAGGAGGGGGAGGCAGGGUGGAGGUGGCGUUGGAGCGGGGGAGUGUGGACGUGAUAGUGAGCGAGUGGAUGGGGUACGCGCUGCUGUACGAGUCCAUGCUGCCCUCCGUGCUGCACGCCCGUGACACCUGGCUCAAGCCGGGUGGCGCUCUGCUGCCCGACACCGCCUCCAUGCAUGUGGCGGGGAUUGGUGAAGGGGCAACGAGUGUGGGGUUCUGGAGGGACGUGUACGGCUUCACCAUGGCCUCCGUGGCUCGUGAGAUUCAGGACGACGCAGCGCGCACACCGCUGGUGCAGGAGGUCAAGGCGUGCGAUAUAGUCACGUCCACCUGCACCAUCAAGCACUUUGACCUGUGCACGGUGACAGUGCCUGACCUCGACUUCACAUCCGACUUCCAAAUCACACCCGCCCUCCCCACCUCCUCCGCUGCCGCACCUCCUGCUGACAGCCCACCUGCUGCAGCCCCCACCGCUCCAUCCCCUGCCUCCCCCGUGCUGUGUUAUGGCCUGGCGCUGUGGUUUGACACGGGCUUCUCCUCGCGCUUCUGCUCCGCCAAGCCCGUGCUGCUCUCCACCUCGCCCUUCUGCACCCCCACGCACUGGGCUCAAACCCUCCUCACCUUCCGCGAACCCAUUGCGCUCGCACCUCCAGCAGAGUCCACAGCUGCAGUUCCAACCGGAGAAGCACCACCACUGGGAGCAGCAGCAACAGGAGCUGGGGGAGCAGUGGGGUCGGAGGGCAGGCCGGCGGUGGAGGUGAGGGGGAGGGUGAGUGUGGUGCGGGGCAGCAAGCACCGCAGCAUUGACAUCUCUGUUGAGGUGGUGGCGGUGAGCGCUGAUGGCGGCGACAAGGCAUGGCCUGCGCAGAUUGCCGAGCCGAAGAUCACAUUACCACGAAUCCAAAUCCUUGGCACAUCAUCGUUUGCAUUUCUCGAUCCUUUGUCCCCUGCAUCAUACCUCGUGCCUCUCGGCCCGUCCGCCGCCGUCGCACCGCGCUGUUCGCCCUCCGCCUCCCACAAGACGCCCGCCCUCGCGGACCGCCUCUCCUCCUCUGCGUCCUUCGUGCCCCCCUCCCGUCAACCCCGCCUUCGCCUUCCCGCGAACCGCCCAUCCGCGCGCGUGAGCCAGCAGCGCCACGCGCCCGCCGCGCCCAGGGCAUCCGUGCAGACCGUCGAAGCUGCGCAAUUGCCGCAGACCUGGUCCGCGUUUUCCGCCGCGAUUACCGGGGAAUGGGCGGGGUACUCAUCGGACUUCUGCCCCGACGGGAUAGAGACGGAGAUUCCGAGGGAGGCCAUUCCGCCGCCCUUUUGCGACUGGGGCCUCGCGCUCUUCGCGUGGCAGGCGCACAGCUCGACUAACGCGGAUGCUUCUACCGGGGAAGUCCAAACCGUCUCCGAGCGCUUCCUGCCGUCGCUUGGCUUUGGCGGCGGCGGCGGCGCGGCGUCGCGCUACAGCGUGGAUCGGCGCGCGGCGGGGAUCGGGCAGGACGCGGCGGGCGUGCUUGGCUUCCGCGACGACGGCUGCUACGCCGUCGCCUGGCCCGGGAAAUCCGUUUCCGAGUCUGCUUCCGAGCCUGGAGUGAACGCGGCUUACGUAGUGGUUCGGCAGGGCAGCGGCAGCGGCGACGCGUCGCAGUUCUUCGAGUUGGAGCACUGCCUCGUCGCGGAAAACGCGGACGCGCAGGCCGACGGCAAGCCCGAGCGCGUGCGCGUGCGCGUGGUGCAGCGUUUUCAGAAGGGCGCGGGGGCGGCGGGCGGGGUGGGGGACGAGGGGCACCUUCCCCAGCUGCUGGGCAUGACGCUGUUCCGCGAGCGGUGGGUGGGCGAGUGGCGUGCCGAGCCCGACGGCGUGAACGAGUCGUCGGAGUUCGCGGAGGGCCCGCCCGUCGGCAUCGACGCCGUGGAGGGGCGCUGGCUCGCCUCCGCCAUGCGCGCCGACCUCAAACUGGGCGACGAGUACGGGCGGCGGGGGGCGGUGGUGGAGCUCAAGCCGGCCGGCACAGAGGAGGUCACCAGGGAGCUCACAGACGAAGGCUCCGUGCUGCUUCCUCAGGGCGUGUGGUCGAGGGUGCUACCCACGCCCAGUGGAGGGGUGAUCCUCAAGGCGGGCUGGCUCGUGGAGGCUGACAAGGCCAUCGUCUCUCGCUUUGACUACUCCGCCCUUGGUCGCCUCGAGCACAUCACGAUAUCGACAGAGACACGCAUCAGCAAGAGACCAUGA